AUGAUUUGUUAAGGGACCACGUUUUGUGUUGGCUGCCCAGGAGGGCACGUGCGGGGGGAUCGGACUGCCAGCAGAGGUGACAAUGCGAACGCUCCUCUCUUUCAUCCCCAGAAGUUGGGCCAAUAAGAUCUUGCCUCACCCCCACUGACUCUCUCCUACGCUGGGGCCAGCAAGGCUGCAGCUCUCGCUAGUUCUAUUUCCUCUCCUGCUGUUUGCUUCUCCCGUUCUGCGUCCCAUCUAAAAUCACAGGGAAGGGUCGUCGGCGUAGGGGCCACGCUGUCAAGUGCCCACAGGAAUGUGGCAGAUGCAGCAGCCGUCGUUCCCCGGGCUUUGAUGAAACUACUCGCCAUUUCAAGAUGUCAGCGUCAUGGUGAUUUUGGGAUUUGGCUUCCUCCUGGCCUUCUUGAAACGAUACGGAUUUAGCAGCACUGGAUUCAACCUGCUAAUUGCCACCCUUGGAAUUCAGUGGGCUUUGCUCAUGGAAGGAUUUCUGUUUAGUUCCCCAUCAGGAAAAGUGAAAAUCAGCCUGCCCAGCGUAGCAAAGGCCACUAUCAGUGUCACUGCCGUAUUAAUCUCAGCUGGAGCGCUCCUGGGCAAGGCUAACCCGAUUCAGUUGAUCUGGAUGGCAAUGGUGGAGGUAGCAGCUUUCAGUGCAAGCAGGUGGAUCAAUGUACAAUUCCUGAAGGUCGAGGAGCACACAAGCUUAAUGCACGUCCACAUCUUUGGAACCUACUUCGGCUUGGCAGCCUCCUGGUGGCUGUACCAUUCUUCCCUGAGCAAAGGGGUGGACAAGAAGAAGGCGAAUCCGCUGUCUGAGUUGUUUUCAAUGUUGGGCACCCUCUUUCUGUGGAUGUUCUGGCCCAGCUUCAACUCUGUGCUGAUCGUGGAUGUGACGGAAAAGAGAAACGCCAUCUCGAACACUUACUACGCCAUGGGGGUUAGCGCCGUGGCUGCUUUUGCACUGUCAGCCCUGAGCAGCAGGGACGGAAAAAUCCAGAUGAUCCAUAUCCACCAGGCAACACUAGCAGGAGGGGUUGCUCUUGGUUUCUCUGCUCCCUUUAUUCCAUAUCCUUGGAUUGCCAUGAUUUUGGGUCUGCUUGCCAGCAACAUCGCGGUACUGGGAUCUCGCUGCUUAGAGAUAUAUUUGAACCCAGUGCUCAAGAUUCAUGACACCUGUGGCAUCCAUUACACCUUUGGGUUGCCUGGAUUGCUUGGAGCAAUAGCCAACGUCAUCCUCUUCAUCAUAAUCAAAUGGGCCAGUUUAUCAAGCCUGGGUUAUCCAGUCUUGAUUGAAGUUGGCUCUUUCAUGCUGACCACUGCAAUAGGUUUGGGAGCAGGAUUCAUUACAGGUUUCUUCUUAACUUUCAAACUAUGGAAGACACUUCCUGCAUCAAAGUAUUUUGAUGAUCAAGCUUACUGGGAGUUUCCUCAUUUGGCUCAUGGAUUUUGAACAGAGGGAACCAAAUUACAGAAGAUUACAUCAAAAUGAAGAAAACUCUUUUUAUUCUCUGACAGGAAAAUAACUGGCAUGAAAGGGGAGGGGGAGGAAAAAAAAGGUUAAAUAUCACUCCUGAAUUUCAAAAUGAAGAAACAUUGCAUUAGGCUAUUUUCAACUCCUAUUAAAUUAUACAAUAUGUAAAAUUACUGGUAAAAUAGUUAAUUCCGCUUUUCUGCUUUCAUAGAUAGCCUUGCCUUCAAUGUUUUCUUUAGUAAAUGGAUCCAUCCAGCUUGGAUAACUUACCACUUUAAGCUGCUUUCAGAUUUUAAUGAAGGAAGAUAUUUGCAAUUCCUCUUUCGAAUGUCCAGAAUAAUCAUGCACAUGAAGGUUUUGAUUCUGUAAGUGCUAAGCAUGAUAGUCCUGAUCCAACAAAGCACGUCAGCAGGUGCAUAUUUUCAAGCACAUACAGUCCCACCGAGGUUCACUUCAAGGAGAGGUGUAAGUGCUUGUUCUAGAUUGGGGCCAGAGGGCCCUGCAUCUUGCAAGGGCCCAUCCUUAAAAUAACUCGUUAAAGGAAAGCUGUAGCUGCUUUGGCAUAGGCCAGUAGUUCUGAGAGUUCAAAUGGUAAGAAGCGAAAAUGUGACAUGUAAUUGAAAUGAAAAGGCUUGAGGUGUAAGCAGAACUCCUGAAAUCAAUGGCUUACAUGUUACUUGUACAAGACUUGCUCGAGCGAACAGAGUACAGGCAGUCCCCGGGUUACGUACAAGAUAGGGACUGUAGGUUUGUUCUUAAGUUGAAU